UACUUCAUGUCAGAUUCUAACAACACCGAAUUCACCAGCCCCUCCAUCUUCAUCCUGCAGGGCAUUCCCGGCCUGGAGGCAGCCCAUGUCUGGAUCUCCAUCCCCUUCUGCAUCAUGUACAUCACAGCGCUCUUGGGGAACUUCACUGUCCUGUUUGUCGUGAAGACAGAGCCUAGUCUCCAUGAGCCCAUGUACUAUUUCCUGUGCAUGCUGGCUGUCACCGACCUGGUCCUGUCCACGUCCAUCCUGCCCAAAGCCCUCAGUAUCUUCUGGUUCAAUUCCAGGGAGAUCGAUUUCAGUGCCUGCCUCACCCAGAUGUUCUUCAUUCACAGCUUCACAGCAAUGGAGUCGGGGAUCUUGGUGGCCAUGGCGUUGGAUCGGUACGUGGCCAUCUGCCAUCCCCUGAGACAUUCCACCAUCCUGACAAACCCUGUGGUGGCCAAAAUUGGUCUGACCAUGGGUCUGCGCAGCAGCAUGCUGGUACUACCCUCUCCUUUCAUGGUAAGGCUCCUGCCAUAUUGCAGAACCAACAUCAUCCCCCACACAUACUGUGAGCACAUCGCCAUAGUGAAGCUGACUUGUGCUGAUAUCCGUGUUAGUAGUUACUAUGGGCUCUUUGUGUUAUUCUUUGUGUCUGGUCUGGAUGCGUUUUUUAUCACGGUGUCCUACACCCAGAUCCUCAGGGCCAUCUUCAGCCUCCCCACCAAGGAUGCCCGGCUCAAGACUUUGGGGACCUGUGGCUCCCACUUUUGUGCCAUCUUAGCCUUUUACAUCCCAUGUCUUUUCUCCUUACUCACACAACGAUUUGGCCACAAUGUGCCACAGCAUUUCCAUGUUCUCCUUGCCAACCUGUACCUGUUGGUUCCCCCCAUGCUAAACCCCAUCAUAUAUGGGGUGAGGACCAGACAGAUCCAGGACAGGCUGCUCCAUCUCUUGACUCCCAAAAGGGCCUAA